CACCGCGUGUAUCUUCAUAGUGGAGGCUGCAGCGUGGUGGCUUUCAGGGAAAAGCAAGCGCUCUCCAUUGAGAGAGCAGACUAAACCCUAAAAGACUGUAAGCUGUCGUCAAGAUGUUGGUUUUAUUUGAAACCGCCGCUGGAUAUGCAAUAUUCAAAGUCCUAGAUGAAUCCAAACUCCAACAAGUCGACAGUCUGUACAAGGACUUUGAAACUCCCGAAAAGGCCAAUAAAGUUGUUAAAUUGAAGCACUUUGAGAAAUUUCAGGACACAACAGAGGCCUUGGCAGCUGCCACUGCUAUUGUUGAGGGGAAAAUUGGCAAGACUUUGAAAAAAGUCCUUAAGAAGGUUGUUGCCAAGGAGGCUCAUGAGCAGCUGGCAAUCAGUGAUGCAAAACUCGGUGGAGUCAUCAAAGAAAAGCUUGAUGUGAGCUGCAUUCACAGCCCUGCAGUGGCUGAACUGAUGAGAUGUAUCAGGAGCCAGAUGGAGGGCCUCAUCACUGGACUCCCUUUCAGGGAAAUCAGUGCCAUGUCACUGGGGUUGGCUCAUAGCUUAUCCCGCUAUAAGCUGAAGUUCAGCCCAGACAAAGUGGACACUAUGAUUGUGCAGGCCAUUUCUCUUCUCGAUGACCUGGAUAAGGAGCUUAAUAACUAUAUCAUGCGCUGCAGAGAGUGGUAUGGCUGGCAUUUCCCUGAGCUGGGAAAAGUAAUCACAGACAACCUGGCCUAUUGCAAAACAGUUCGCAAAAUAGGUGAUCGAACAAAUGUGGCUGGCUCUGAUCUGUCGGACAUUCUACCAGAGGAGAUUGAAGCUGAGGUGAAACUGGCAGCAGAAAUAUCAAUGGGAACAGAAGUGUCAGAACAGGACAUCGGCAACAUUUCUCAUCUUUGUGACCAGGUGAUUGAGAUCACAGAAUACCGUGCCCAGCUGUAUGACUACCUGAAGAACCGGAUGAUGGCAAUCGCUCCAAACCUGACAGUAAUGGUGGGUGAGCUGGUUGGCGCUCGUCUCAUCUCACAUGCAGGUUCCCUUCUGAAUCUGGCAAAGCACCCUGCCUCUACUGUGCAGAUCCUCGGAGCAGAGAAGGCACUUUUCAGAGCCUUGAAGACUCGUAAAGACACACCCAAGUAUGGUCUCAUCUACCACGCCUCUCUAGUGGGCCAGACCACCCCCAAGAACAAGGGCAAGAUCUCCAGAAUGCUGGCAGCUAAAGCAGCACUGGCCAUUCGCUAUGAUGCUCUGGGAGAGGACACAAAUGCAGAGAUGGGAGCAGAGAAUCGCGCCAAGCUGGAGGCCAGACUGCGCCAGCUGGAGGAGAAAGGAAUAAGAAGAAUCAGUGGAACCGGCAAAGCAAUGGCAAAAGCGGACAAAUAUCAACACAAGAGUGAAGUGAGAAUGUAUGAUCCAUCCGGUGAUUCUACAAUCCCCUCCACUUCAAAGAAAAGAAAGUUUGAGGAGGUAGAGGAGGAGGAGGCAGCUGAAGAGCCUGUAACACCAGUCGUCAAAGCUAAAAAGCCAAAGACAGAGCCAGUGACAGAAGAAGCAGAAGAAACAUCAGCUGCAGCAGAAGAAACUCCGAAGAAAAAGAAGAAGAAAAAGAAGGACAAGAAGGCAGAGGAUGCUCCCGAGGAACUAAAGGAGGAAGAGGAGGAGUUGGUAGUAACGGAGUCAUCAGAAAAGAAGAAAAAGAAGAAGAAAAAGAAGAUAAAGGAGGAAGAAGAAGAAGACUGAAGAUUUACAGUGUAUAUACAAUAUAUAUUUUUGUUUUAGGUUUUAUGCUGUUUUAGUUUUGUCCUAUGUGUAUAAUUGAAAAGGGCACCAAUAUGAGUGCCUGUUUCUAGACAUAAAGUCUGAAUCAACUCAUGAUUUACUCUUUUUAUAACUGAAUUUUCUGUCAGAACAGGAGUGAAUAUGUAAAUCUAGUCUUUCUGUUUGAAAUCAACCCUGGUUAAACAGUUUUUGUGUAUGAAAUUCAGGAAAGAUUCUCUGCAUUUCUGUGAGAUAUUUUCAUGUGAACUGCAAAUUUGCCCUGGUAAAAUAAACUUUUUUUUGUUGUA